GGCGCAUUUAAAAAAUCUCAAUGCCCCUUACAAUAAUAAAAUGUCUAGAUGAAAAAAUAUAAGAGCAGAAAUCCCAAUAUAACUUCUCACAGCUUAUGAAUUUAAAAAUGUUUGCCUAAAAAGAAAAGUCUUGAGCAGUUUUUUAAAACUGUCAACAGUCUUUGCUUCCGUAAUGUUCUGUGGUAAGACAUCCGACCAUUUAGGUGCUGCAGCUGGAAAAGCUCUACCACCAUAGUUGUCAGUUCCAGCUCUUUGAGGACAGAGCAGUGAAAGUGACCCUGAUCUUAAGGCUUCAAGUAGUCUGCUGACUGGCCGUUUAUGGUCUUGUAGGUUAAGAGGAGAAUCUUAAAUUCAAUCCUCUUCUCAACUGGUAGCCAGUGCAGGUUUUUUAAUAAAGGCUUUGCAUGGUUUAAAUGUUUAGAAUUCAUCACAAGACGCGCCGCAGUAUUCUGAAUACAAUGAAGUUUAUCUCUUUGAUACGUAGGGAUGCCAUAUAAUACACUAUUACAGUAAUCUAAUUGAGAGAUGAAAAGAGCAUUAACUAACAUUUUAAGCCCAUAUCAUGUAUAAGAGAUACUUCUGAAUGUGUCUUAUUCAUCUCAUUGUGAGAGUACCUUUUUUACAAACUUCAUUGAUAUGAGCACUAAACGAUAAAUUAUUAAGUUUCUAGUUUUCUUUUUAAUGAUGAUGUUAGUUCCUGCAAACGUAAUGGUUUCACCUAAAGAUGGUUGCUUUGUAAACUGCAAUUUAAAAUGUAGCAGGUCAGUCUUUCCAGGAUUACACUUGAGCAUAACUGUUCCAUGAGAAAAUAUGCUCAACACAUUGCUGAAGGGUAUCGAGAGCAUCAUUAUUCGGGUGGUUAGGAUUAAUAGAAACAUAAACUUGACUAUCGUCGGCAUAGAACAUACAGUUAAGAUCACAAUUUAGUAUCACAUCUUCAAGAAGAAUUGGUUCAGGGUUUGGGAGGUGAAUGGUGAUCCAUCUCUCCCCAGUCCUUGUUCAUUUUCUUCUCUUUUGUUUUUGCUCUUGCCAUUAACUAUAAGCUUAGAACUGGCUAAAGCUAUGGGAAUACAAAGGUCAUUGAGAAUUAUUGAUUGUUUUUAUUAUUUACCCAUUUAAAAUAGAUCUGCGUAGGUUGUCUGAACUACAAGAACUUCCAGUUGACCUUGAACCAUAUGUAAAGAAGCUAAUGAAUUCUAGGAGAAGAGUCAUGCUUGUAAAUAACAUACUGCAGAAUGCCCAGGUACUAAAUCAGACAAUUUGAACUACAUUAAAACACAAUAAUUAUGAACAACAUAAAUAAACAGCCAAACCUCCUUAAAACAGACACCAAUGGUACAGGGUUAACCCUUUAAGCCCCAAUAUCCACAUACAAAUUCUCCAAACUGAUCUCCAUACAUUUCCUUCAUAAAUGAGUUAAGAGAAUUUGAUAAAAGAUCAAGACAUUUUCUCUUAGGUGAUCAUUUUAUUAAUUCUCAUAACCUAAUCUCUUGACAUUGUAUGGGUAUCGUUAGGAGGAAAUUGACGUUAGUCACUAUUGGGACUUACGGGGUUAAAGAGGUGUUGUUUUGUAGAGGUUGGUGCUGAUGAAUGUAAUCUGUGGGACCUGCAAGAUGUUCAUGCUAGGCAGGGCCUCUGAUAUUUACAUUAUGAUUGUAAUGGUGUGAUUUUGCACAAUUGACAUCCAAAUCACACCCUAUCAUAUGAGCCUCAAAAAGUCCCAUCAUUAAUUUUAAAAAAUGCUUAAUCUGGACAAAAUAACAAACAUAAAUUCUAAUUACGGGUGGAGGGGGGCUUAUUUAUUUUAGCAAAGAUUAUAGUAGCAGUUUUCCUUAAAGAACUAGAACACAGAGUGGAAAUGCUCAAGUACAUGAAGAUGUAGGUCAUGCAAUCAAAGAUCAAAAACAAAUCCGACCUUCCAGCAAUUGAAUAAACCAUGAUACUGGAUCAGUCCACACAACUGUCAAACAAAAAUGAACUUUGAAAAGCUGUUAGACAACCAAGUCUUACGAACCACAAUAUUGCAAUCUGUUUUAUUCUUUUUAACGUUUAUCCAUUUGUGCCUCCUUUUGUGUUAAUGUGUUAUUUAAACAUUCUUUUAAUCUUUUAAGCAAUUAAAUUUGUUUUUAAUUGUUGUAUCUGGUGGUAGUUCCCUCUGUUUAAAUUUUGAUACUAUAAGUUUUUUUCUCCACUUCAUUAAUGGCACCACUUAUGGGUGGCUCAGGAAAAAGCAACCAUUGUCAGUAUGACCAGCAUGCAAAGAAAGUGGUGUCCGAUAGCCUGGGGCUAGAGGAUUUUGCUAUCGGGCUAGUGAAUUCUGUUCUUAACUUGCCUGAUGGGCAAUGAUUUUUGGGGGGGAAUUCAAAUUGAGGAACUGUAAUCAAUCCUGCUCAUAAAAUCUUUUUCAGGCUAGUUGAAAUGACUUUCGGGCUAGUACAUGCUAGGUACAGCUCGGAAUUUGGGCAAUCUGUAAAACUGACUUUCUUUGCACCCUGAUGACUAUCACAUGUUACAAAGCUAGUGUUCUUCAUGUUCUGACUUGUAUUGGCAACUCCAUUUAAAACUUGUAUAAACUAUUGUAUGCAGUAUUCUAGUCAAGCAAUUUAAAGAAUUUAGUUAUUAACAAUAUGGUGUUAUGUUUUUCUUAUCAUUAGGAGAGGCUUGGAAGACUGCAUCAGAGUGUCACAAGAGAGACGGCUAAAAGAAAAGCUUUACUUGAACCCUCAGAGUUCUAGUACAACCAGAAAUUUAACAGAAAGUUGUAGAUAAAUAUAGACAAAUCUUUAUGCUGAAGUUAACUUACAUUAAACAUUUUUCCGAAAAACUUUGUUGGUGCUAAAGAUUAAAUUACAAACACUUAAUAUAACACCACUCAAGGUUUCAGUAUAAAUCACAAUAAUGAUACCGCCUUUUAUCAAUAUUAAUAUGCUAACCAAACAGUCCUAUUAGUGCAUCCACGUGCAUAUGAAAAGACAAAAGGCAAAAUUCCAGGAGAACAUCACGUGGUCUCAAUUGGAAAGCUAAAAAGGUAUAUUAACAAACCGGGCGCAAUUUCAUCAACGAAUCAGAAGAAGACGUGUUUCCCUCCCUUGGCGUCCUUUGCAAACGUGAUUGGUUCGUUUGAUUGUUAGCCCGUUCUGUAAUUGGCCAGAGUAACUCUAUACAAAAGACAAUAAGCAGAAUUAGUGCACAGCUCUUCUGACUCUCCACCAGGGAAAGCUUUAUAGCAUUUUGUAGCAAAGCAUUUGCACCACUCUAGAUCAAACAAUUAGGAUANAGGAGAGGCUUGGAAGACUGCAUCAGAGUGUCACAAGAGAGACGGCUAAAAGAAAAGCUUUACUUGAACCCUCAGAGUUCUAG